ACAAACCCCCAAUUCCCAAUCUCCUCCCUCUCUCUUAAAUUUUAGGGCUGGCUUUUUGAAGAAAGGCAACAGAACCCAGUCACCCCGGUGCUUCUUCUAGCGGUUACAGCAGGUUCUGUUCAUAAGUAUCUCUGCACUAUUCGUACUUCGUCAAUUCCUGCAUCUUAUUGUGGUUCUGAGUCCUUCCGAAACAGAGAAACCCACCGUGCAAUCUCUUUUAAUUCAGUCCCCCCUGAGUCUAGGGUUUUGAUGAACAAUUGUCUGACUUCUGGGGAGUCAUGUGUCUGAGAUUAUCUGCUUUCUUUGGCUAAUGUGAAUCGUUCUUGAGAUGGGUAACGUGGAAGUACCGAAAUGGCUGCAAGGGUUGCCAUGGGCGCCCGAGUUUCGGCCCACUGAUACGGAAUUUGCCGACCCAAUCGCGUAUAUAUCCAAAAUUGAGAAGGAAGCUGGCGCCUUUGGGAUAUGCAAGAUUGUGCCACCGCUGCCCAAGCCUUCGAAGAAAUAUGUGUUCUCUAAUUUGAAUAAGUCUCUGGCCAAAUCCCCUGAAUUGGGCGAUGAUGUUGCCUUGUCAAACAUUGGUUCUUCUUCGAAGUUGGGUUCUGAGGAUGGUGUUAGGGAUGGAGAUACGAGGGCAGUGUUUACGACUAGGCAUCAAGAACUAGGACAGAGUAUCAAGAAGAGAAGCGGUGAAAAAGAUAAUCCGCAUUUGGUUUCCCAUAAACAAGUGUGGCAAAGUGGGGAAGCCUAUACAUUGGAACAGUUUGAAUCCAAGUCGAAGGCUUUUGCAAAGAGUGUGCUGGGUUCAAUCAAGGAGGUUAAUCCUUUAGUCAUAGAGGCCCUGUUCUGGAAAGCAGCUUCUGAGAAACCUAUCUAUGUGGAAUAUGCAAAUGAUGUGCCUGGGUCAGCUUUUGGAGAACCUGAGGGUCAGUUUCGGUAUUUCAAUCGUCGGAGAAGGAGACGGGCAUCAUACCAGUCCUAUCGAAGACAUGGGGAAAGCUACAAUUGCAGGAAUAAUAAAAUGGUUGAUUCUGAUAAUGCUAUAGCUGAUAAUGUGGCGGAUGCUCCUAGUAAGAAUGACUCAAGUGCAUUGUCGUCUGCUGCUUCAACAACUUCGCUUUCAUCUGAAUUUGUGAGAUCUGAUAACCGAAAGGGUGAAAUUGCUAGUUGCGAUGUGGAAGGCACAGCUGGGUGGAAACUUUCCAACAGUCCUUGGAAUCUUCAAAUGAUUGCUCGUUCACCUGGGUCUCUUACACGUUAUAUGCCGGAUGAUAUCCCAGGGGUUACUUCUCCUAUGAUUUAUAUUGGUAUGCUAUACAGUUGGUUUGCUUGGCAUGUUGAGGAUCACGAGCUUCACAGCAUAAACUUUCUCCAUAUUGGCUCUCCAAAAACAUGGUAUUCUGUUCCUGGAGAUUAUGCUUUUGCUUUUGAGGAGGUUAUCCAAAGACAGGCUUAUGGUGGUCAUGUGGAUCGCUUAGGUUUUAACUGUGGAGAAGCGGCUAAUUUUAGCACUCCCCAAUGGCUGGAAGUAGCUAAGGAAGCUGCAGUCCGUAGAGCCGCCAUGAAUUAUCUUCCAAUGCUUUCCCAUCAGCAACUGCUAUACCUGUUGACCAUGUCUUUUGUUUCGAGAGUCCCAAGAUCCCUCCUCCCUGGUGCUCGGAGUUCUCGCCUAAGAGAUCGCCAAAAGGAAGAAAGAGAGGUGGCUGUGAAAAGGGCUUUUAUAGAAGAUAUGCUACGAGAGAAUAAAACUUCACGUACUAUUCUCAGAAAGGAUCCAGACUGUAAGGUUGUGAUAUGGAAUCCUGAUUUGCUACCUCGUGCGAUGAAAGAGUCUCAGGUGACUGGUAUAACUUGUGCUACUGCUCCCGCACUGGAAGAAAAUCUCUCCCAGACUCAGUUAGAACCUGACAGGGAAAAUACAAAAAGUGAUCUAGUUAAGGAGAUGAGCAAGUAUGUGGAGAGUUUGAAUGCUUUAUAUGCUGAUGGAGGUGAUAUAUCAUGUGAUUUUCAAGUCGAUUCAGGGUCAUUGGUUUGUGUGGCUUGUGGAAUCCUUGGUUUCCCGUUCAUGUGUGUGUUACAACCAUCUGAGCGAGCAUCAGAAGAGCUAUUGCAUGUGGAUAAUAAUACUUCAACCGGCAAUGGCAAAGCAACAGUCAGAAUUGCUCAUUCUUCUGGAGAUCGUUUUGACGAUCCUCUUCAUAUGUCUGAUCCGUGUUCAGCUCUAAAAGAUCUUCAUUUGCCUAGAGGGUGGGAUACUUCCAAUAGAUUUCACAGACCCCGAAUUUUCUGCCUGGAGCAUGGUCUUCAAACUCGCGAGCUGUUGCAGUCUAAAGGUGGUGCAAACAUGCUUCUCAUAUGCCAUUCAGAUUUUCAGAAAAUGAAGGCCUAUGCUACUUCUAUUGCGGAGGAGAUCAAUAUUCAUUUUGAUUACAGAGAGGUACCAUUGGAAAGUGCUUUGAAGGAAGAUCUGAACUUGAUUGAUUUUGCAAUAGACGGUCAAGCCUGGGAGGAAUGUGGGGAGGACUGGACAUCCAAAAUGUGUGUCAACUUACGCCACUGUGUGAAGAUCAGGAAAAAAUCUCCAUCUAAGCAAGUCCAGCAUGCACUGGCUUUAGCAGGACUGUUUUCUGAUGGAAGUCCCAAUUCCGAGUUUUCUACUCUCAAGUGGCAAUUCAGAAGAUCUAGGUCAAGAACUAAGCCAAAUCAUUCUGCCGGUUUUUCAAGUGGAAAGUUUGAAUCCAACAAAGAUGACGUGCUGGAGAAAGUUUCAGAGAGCGUGACUAAUAAAGAAGAAACUGUACUAGUUUACACAAGGCGGAAGUUUAAGACCAAAGAAACUUGUACCAUAAAUGGUGCUCAAGGUCAACGAGACCUCAAUCUGCAAAGCUGCAAUGUAUCUUUAAAGAAUAAAACUGGGGCAUCUGAAGAUGGUUCAGGAGACGGGGGUGCAGAGAAGCUAAACGAGUUUCAGUUUCUUGAAGCUAAUGCUCAGAUGCAACAGGACACCAAUGAUACUAAUGGAAGCAGUGAGAGUGAGAAUCCGUGUUCCAUAGAUGGUCCCAAUUCUAGUGUGCAAGCAGCUAACGUACUGUUGGUGAUACAUAAGGAUGAUAGAACCGAAGAUGUGAUCACUUGUGAUAAUGCUACGAAGCUGAAAGUCCAGGUGGAUGAAGAUGUUGUUCUAGUCAGUGAGGCAUCUGAUAUUGCUAGCUCACCUUCAGCCCAAGAGGAACAUGUAGUUGUGGAGACUUCUUGCACAAAUGGUGAAGCUUGUGAUCAUGUGACAUUGAAGAGUGGAAAAACUGAAGAAGGCCAAAAUAUGUCUAGUAGCAUCUGUUCUAUUUUAUCUGAUGAGACAGUGGCGAUGGAGUCUAUUACUUCAGUCGGAGAAGCUUCUUGUGAUCAACUACAAGUUGAAACAAACAGUGAUAGUAAAAGGGAGCUAUCUGCGACUACUUUAAAUGUCGCUGAGCAGACAGCCUCAGUUAGGAGCUUUGGAUCAUUUGAUGUUAAGGUCAGAAAGAGAAGAAGAGAAGUUGACCAGUUAACAGAUGACAGUCCCAAUCCAAAGAGCUUUGUUAGAGGUCCGUGUGAAGGGUUGAGGCCCAGAAGAAUGGGGAUAAUAGAUGCGACCACAAGCAAUAGUGAAGCUACUGAUACGGAGAAAUCAGCUGUGGAGAAUAAUGCAGUAGCAAAGAGGGCGAAGAAAUAUCCGGAUGUUUCAGUUACCAAUCCGAAGAAGAAGAAGAAAGAGAUGACGAAGAGACCUCACAAGUGUGAUAUAGAAGGUUGCGGGAUGAGGUUCGAGACCAAAGCAGAGCUAGUGCUGCACAGUCGAAAUCAAUGCCCAUACGAAGGGUGCAGGAAGAAAUUUAGCUGUCACAGGUACGCACUCAUCCAUCAACGAGUUCACGAGGACGAUAGACCACUGAAAUGUCCAUGGAAGGGUUGCAAGAUGUCGUUUAAGUGGGCAUGGGCAAGGAUUGAGCACAUAAGGGUGCACACAGGCGAGAAGCCGUACCAGUGCAAGGUUGAGGGCUGCGGGCUUCGUUUCAGCUGCUCAGAAUCAAUAAGCAGAGCUCAUUUCCCUGAUGGCUUCAUUUUUGGGACAGCAUCCUCUGCUUAUCAGUUUGAAGGAGCUGCAACAGAGGGCAACAAAGGAGCAAGCAUAUGGGAUACCUUCACACAAAAGCCAGCUGGAAGAAUUUUGGAUUUCAGCAAUGCUGAUGUUACAGUUGAUCAAUACCACAGGUUUCAGGAUGAUAUAGGGUUGAUGAAAGAUAUGGGAAUGGAUGCCUACAGAUUCUCCAUCUCGUGGGCAAGAAUCUUCCCAAAUGGAACAGGGGAACUCAAUCCAGAAGGCAUAAGUUACUACAACGACCUCAUUGAUGGAUUACUAGAAAACGGAAUCCAACCUUAUGUGACUCUAUAUCACUGGGAUCUUCCGCAGAUGCUUCAUGACAAGUAUGGAGGAUGGUUGAGCAAGCAGAUUGUAGAGGACUUUGAGCAUUAUGCGUACACCUGCUUCCAUGCUUUUGGGGACAGAGUGAAGAAUUGGAUAACCUUCAACGAGCCUCACAAUUUCGCCAUACAAAGCUAUGAUUUCGGUAUUCAAGCACCUGGGAGGUGCUCCAUUAUUGGCCAUCUGUUCUGCAAGGAAGGAAAUUCAUCAUCAGAACCCUACAUUGUAGCCCACCACAUCCUCUUGUCACAUGCAGCUGCUUACCAUAGCUACAAAUCACAUUUCAAGGAGAAACAAGGAGGUCGAGUUGGGAUAGCACUAGAUGCCAAAUGGUUUGAACCAUUAUCUGAUGCUGACGAGGACAUAGAUGCUGCAAAUAGAGCGAUGGACUUUUCACUUGGAUGGUUCCUUGAUCCAAUUUUCAUGGGUAGAUACCCACUUUCGAUGACAAAGCUUGCUGGCGAAAGAGUACCUGAGAUCUCCUCAAAGAUGGCAAAACUCGUUAUGGGGUCACUAGACUUUGUUGGGCUCAACCAUUAUACGACAUCUUACGUUCGAAAUGAUAGAACGAGGUUCCGGAAGCUGAUAUUGCAAGAUGCUUCAACUGAUUCUGCAGUCAUCACUUCCUCUUACCGCAAUGGUAUCGCCAUAGGCAAAAAAGCAGCUUCCAGUUGGCUGAGGAUCGUCCCAUGGGGCAUCCGUAAGUUGAUGAAUUAUGUAAAAGACAAGUACGGAAACCCACUUGUGAUCAUAACAGAGAAUGGAAUGGAUGAUCUCAAUAGCCCAUUCAUAUCUAGAGACAAGGCGUUGCAGGACGAGAAAAGAAUAAAGUACCACAGAGACUAUCUCUCCAACCUGUUGGCAUCCAUAAGGGAAGAUGGAUGCAAUGUAGGAGGGUAUUUCGUAUGGUCCUUGCUAGACAAUUGGGAAUGGAACUCAGGGUACACCGUUCGGUUCGGGCUAUACUAUGUCGAUUACAACAAUAAUCUCACAAGAAUACCUAAGGAUUCUGUUAAAUGGUUCAAAAGUAUGCUGCUGAGAUCAGAAAGUACUGAAUUGGAUACCCAAUAUUUUCUAGUAUCCACCUGCCUGAAGACACACUCGAGCCCAUCCAAGGCAACAAGCUCAGAGAUCAUGCCUGUCCGACUCUCCAAGUUGCAGAAUGUUGUAAAGCGGAAAGGCAGAACUGUAAAGCAGAGGACUAGAAGGCAAAUAGAGAAAGAAGAAGACGACGAGCAGCAAUUGGGGAUUGCUUCUUCCGGCACGGCUCCUCAAUCAGAAAAACGUGUCCAACACAGCAGCAGCACAACGCAGCACAGCUACAAAUCCCUACAACAACAACAAACCAGGUGGCAGCGAUGA